AUGAGAAUAGCAGAGAUCUCCUCGCCGGAGCUCAGACGUAGCCACGAUCAAGAGUCCGGACCUCACUCUCACACACUUUCACAAAUCGAGUCAUCAAUUAAACAACUCGAACUCCAUUCUCCUUCCACCAUCUUACCGGAAGCUCUCUCCUCCGACCUCCGUUAUGCCCUGACUCAGCUGACACAGCUCGCGCCCUUCCCCAACUCAGUUUGUCUCAGCAUCUGGAAACUCAGCUACCGACUCUGGAAUGCCUGCGUCGAUCUCUCCAACGCCUUCGCCGCCAGCGGCAUCAAAUCCUCCGAAGAGCACGCUAAGCUCCGUCAAGUCUCCGCUGACCUCCUCUUCCUCGCCUCUGACGUCGUCGGUAUUCCUUCCCCGGCAUUCAAGUGCGCCUCCUUCUUCUACAAGACCGGUCGCGUUUGGCACGAUCUCAACAAAUUCGACCUCGCGAGUAGUUGCUUCGAAAAAGCUACGGAUCUCGUAUCCAAAGUUGAAAUUAGUUCAAUUUCAGAUAACGAUGAGCACAAGCUUGUGUUAAAUCUAAAUCUAGCUAGAUCCCGGACUGCUUGGGAAGUUUCUGAUAGGAAUUUGUCGAUUAUGUUACUUAGUCGGUCAAAAAAUGCACUGUUUGGAAUUUCAGAGAACUACAAAGCAUUAGCAUCUCAGUAUUUGAUGUUCGGAAAAGUUAUUUUGUCGAAAAAUGAAGUUUCUGGAGUGAAUGAAGCGUUAAAAUUGAUGAAUGAAGCACUGGAGUUGUGUGAAAAGGGGUUGAGGAUUGCGAAGACAACAGAGGAGACUUUAGCACUGAAGGAUUUGAGAGCAAAAGCGCUGCGCUUCAUAGCCGCUGCUCAUUUGCAGAGGGAUGAAUUUGAUAAUGUUCUCAAGUGCGUGAGAGUUUUGAGGGAUGGUGGCGGGGACCAGCACCCAAGUUUGAGCGUGUUGGCCAUGAAGGCGUGGUUGGGAUUAGCAAGAUAUGGGGAAGCAGAGAAGGAGCUGAAAGGCAUGGUAAUAAAUAAGGGGAUUCCAGAGGGGGUUUGGGUCUCUGCAGUUGAAUCAUUCUUUCAGGCAGCUGGCACGGCUGGUGCCGAUACCGCAAAAAGCGUGUUUUUGGGGCUAUUAGGAAGGUGCCACGUCAGUGCUGGAUCAGCUUUUAGAGUGGUAAACAGGGUGGUUGGAGAUAGUGGAGGCGGCAGUGGGGAAGGUUCAAGAGUGAGGGCAAAAGUGGUGGUGGAACUGGUGUCUGAUGAGAGGGUUGUGGCGCUUUUCGCUGGAGAAGAGGCAUCUAAAGAGAGGACUGCGAUGCAUGCUCUUCUUUGGAACCGUGCUGCAGAACAUUUUCGAUCCAAAGAUUUUCAGAUCAGUGCUGAGCUGUUUGAAAAGUCUAUGCUCUAUGUCCCUUAUGACUUAGAGAAUAGAAUGCUCAGAGCAAAGGGCUUUAGAGUUCUCUGUCUCUGUCACUUAGGCCUUUCACAACUAGAUCAAGCUGAAGAGUACAUUACUGAAGCAGAAAAGCUUCAACCUGAUAUAGCUAGUGCCUUCCUUAAGUUUAAAAUUUACCUGCAAAGGAAGGAUCACUGUAAUGCAAUAGCUCAGGUGCAAGUGAUGUCAAGCUGUCUUGACUUCAGUCCUGAUUUCCUCUCACUUUCGGCACAUGAAGCUGUUGCCUGCCAAUCUCUUCCUGUUGCAGUUGCUUCUUUGUCCCAUCUCCUAAACUUCUACUCCUUAGGAAAGCCAAUGCCAGCCAUGGAAGUUGCAGUUUUUCGGACCUUAGUAACAAUUCUUACAAAAGAGACUGGCCAUGCAUCUGAUAUUCUACAAUACAUUAAACGUGCUCUUGAUAGGGUAUCUGAGAUUGGAGCUGACUGCUUUUUUGGAAAAGGUGAGGUUGGAAAACGGGAAAAGAAUUGGUUUGCAGUGAAUGCGUGGAAUUUUGGGGUGCAAAUGGGGAAAGAAAAAAGUUAUGGACUAUCAGCACAGUUUUUCAGAUUGGCGUCAGAGUUCUAUAGCAUCAAAUUUGAUGCAGACAUAGAGGAUUACAACUUAAUGGUCUGUAAAUCAUUGAUAUUGUGUGUUUCUGCAAUUAUUGCUGAUGAAAAGCAGACAAAUAGCACGCUGCUAGAAACUGAAGUUAAAGCAGCCAUUGAACUGUCAGAUAGAGCUGGAAAGAUUUUAUUAUCAAGCUCUGCAAUCUCUUUGCAAGAUGAACAUAAAGAAACCAGCAUAGAGUCUGACUUCAUUUUUAUGCACGCUUGGAGUGCCUACGAUCUAUAUUCAAGGCUAAGUGACAUGGGACAAAAGCAGAUGCUUUUGAUAAGAAGCUUUGCUAGUUCUAAAUCUUGCAAUCCUUUGCAUCUUCUUCAGAUCGGUCUUGAUGCCUCACAGGGACCACGAUCCAACCCUGAAGUAGCUGGUUUUGCCCUGAAUUCUUGCCUUUCUGCUCUCCUUGCUUCCCCUUCUCCUGAUUACCAAUAUGUGGCUUUAAUUCUGAGGAAAUUAAUUUCUGUAAGCACUAUUUUUAAGGGUGAUACAGAUGAUGCAGUAAUUAGCAUAUACAAACAAGCAGACCGAAUCAUGGUGGGUUUGAAGGAAGGGGAGUAUCCCACUGAAGAGGCAAAAUGGCUUUCCAUGACAGCAUGGAACCGAGCAGCACUUCCUCUGAGGUUGGGACAGACUGAAGUGGCAGAGAAGUGGAUGAAUAUUGGGUUGGAAUUGGCGAAGAAGGUUCCAGGUAUGCAAACUUAUAGGUCCUGCAUGGAAGAUUUUGUUUCUGGCUAUGAGAAGAGAUUCCGUGAACUCGGAAAUGGUGAAAACAGGCCAAUAAUGGUGUCGUGACGUUAGAUUUUCUGUGUGGACCGUUGAUUAAUAGUAACCAAUUUAGCCUUUUACUUGUUUACUCGGGUUCCAGCAUAGAAUAGCUUGCAUAUAAUUCAAAUUUUUGUUUAUCUCCCUUGCAUAUUGUUCAGAAAUGUACCAGCAAUGUCUUCAAGGUUCUUGUUUCUCUAUCAUAGGAUGUGGGCUUGUUUGCUAGUAUUUCCAUUUGUAGCUGGCAUAUUUCCCCAGCAAAGCCUUAAUUGGUUAGUGAACAACUGGAUAUAUCACUCAA